UAGUCCAGAGAGAACAUUCAGCCAGGGACAGAUCACGAGGGAGCACCAGGAGGUACUGAACAAAAUACCAAGGCGUAUCCCUGAACAAGACUGAAAGAUUGUACGAGCAACAGCUAAAGGCUCUGAACUGGAAAGAAGUAAACAGAGGAACUCAUUCAACAAGAGCAAAUUAUUCCCUAACUACAGAACACUCUUCGGUGGUGAGUGCUCAUCUUCUACAAAAGGGGAAAAAAGUGUAGCACCUCAGUUCCGCUUACACUCAAAAUAAUUAUUUUGUCGCUAAAUUGAUACUUCUCAAUUGGUAUCAUGUCUAUGGAACUUGAGUUCCUAGGUGUGGCAAUGUCCAUUUUGGGCUGGCUUGGUGCUUUCGUCUCCUGUGCUCUGCCAAUGUGGAAGGUGACUGCGUUCAUCGGCAACUACACUGUGGUGACCCAGAUUAUCUGGGGAGAACAGUGGAUGAAUUGUGUAGUACAAACCACUGGGAAAAUGCAGUGUGAAGUCUAUGAUUCUCUGCUUGCGCUUCCUCAAGAUCUUCAAGCUUCUCGAGCCUUGAUGGCUAGCUCCAUCAUCAUAGGUAUAUUUGGAGUCCUCAUCUCCAUCAUUGGAGCGAAGUGGACAAACUGUGUUCAAGAUGAGUCAGCAAAAGCCAAGAUCACGAUUGUAUCUGGGGUUAUCUUUAUUCUUUCAGGACUCAUGACACUCAUCUCUGUCUCCUGGUCAGCGAAUACAAUUAUUCGUGAUUUCUAUAACCCUCUAGUUGUGGAUGCUCAAAAGAGGGAGUUGGGGACAUCAAUACACAUUGGGUGGGUAGCUUCAGCACUUCUAAUUCUUGGAGGUGGCCUGCUAUGCUGCACUUGCCCACCAAAACAGGAGAAAUACCCUGCAUCAAGAGUGGCUUAUUCAGCGGUAACGUCCACCGAUCCUGGAUAUGAUCAGAAAGACUACAUCUAAUAUAUGAUAUUAUGUUUUCCUGUCCAGCUCAGUGUAGGCAGCGGGUGCUGCAAGUGUGUAUUACUAUGGCUGCGGGGGACAGGAACCCAUACUAUCAAAUAUACAAACUGUUGGUAAAUCCAGAGGAAGUUACAUAUACUCCUAUUGCAUCUAUUUCAUCUAGUCGGUAUAAUCACCCGAUACAAAUAAAGUCCUUUUUAUAAAGAGAAAAUCUAUAUUCAAUAAUUGUCAGUUUUUCAUGAUUACCGAACAGCAAUGUCAGUUUUUCAUG